CGAUGUUGACUUUUCUUAGAUCAUGAAUCUCUUUACUGACGACACCAAUAUUCAUUGACAGUUCUGACUUGCAGAGACAAAUCUGGGUUAGUCCUAAAGAUGAGGCUGGUAGAAAAAAAGCUCUUCUGUGUUGAAGUUCCGUUCUGAUAUUUCCUCCAAAAUGGCGUCGGAUGAGUCGAAAACGCCUAUAUCCAGCAAAGGUUCUUCAGCUUACUUGAUGUCUAUUGUGAGGACUCUGUCAUCAAGUGCUGACUUUGAACACCGAGAACAAGAAAAGACUAGAAUAGAAAAGGCUUUUCGAGAAAGUGACAAGCGCCUUGGAGAGCUUGUAGCAAAUGAUUAUCAGAAUGUGACAAAAAUCUUACAGUCAUUUAGCAAGAUGACAAAGAGUAUAAAUGAUUCACGUGAAAAGAUACGCAAAAUCAAGGAGGACUUGUCUUCUUGCAAAACAUUGCUGCAUUUCAAACGAGACGAACUUCGCAAGCUAUGGAGAGAUGGUGUGGAACACAAGGCAGUCCUUAGCAUGUUGGAGCAGAUAGAACAAAUAAAGGAAGUGCCUGACAAAAUGGACAACUUCAUUGCUAAAAAGCAUUAUCUGCAUGCCACAGACCUGAUAGUUCAAGCAGUGGCAAAGCUGGAGGGACCUCUUGCAGGAGUGGAUGCUCUGCGGGACUUGAAAGUUGAACUGAUUAGUCGCAAAGAGACCUUGCAUGAAAAGCUGAUUGAGGAGUUGAACAAGCAGAUCUAUGUCCGAGCUGUACAGACGCAAAGUAUGCAGAGGAGUGGAUCGGCCCGCCUUUCACGCAAAGAUGCCAGUGUCUGGGGGUUGACUGAUGGCACAUCAAAUAAUGCUGUACCUUCACGAGGGGCCCCCACAGAUCCAAACAAAUCUGGGGUGCAUUCGGAGGUAACAGAGGAUCUGAACCAGGACCCUACAGAAAAUCUAACCCAUUUCAUCAACAUCUUGAUGGAAUCACUAUUUGUGCUGCGCAAGCUUCCGGAAGCUGUAGAGAUUACUAAGAUGCGAAUUGAACCUGAACUCCUUUCGCUAGUUUCUAAAGCUACCCAGCAAAUAGCUGAAAGUGCUGGUCAGCAGAGUGAUAGCCUAGCUGGCCAGUCAGAGCCUCGACAUCUGUUAGACCUACUGCAGCUUAUUUUCCAGCAGUUUCGCUGCAUUGCCGCUACACAUCAGCUGAUCCUCAACGAUGUGCGGAGACUGACACAAGUCCAUGGAAGUGAAGUGGAGACCUCAAGCAUGCCAUUGCAUGCUGAUGUUGUGUAUGACAUGAAGGAUGUUUGGUCCAACAUUCAAGCAGUGCUGCAAGUGCUGCUGAGUGAGUAUUUAGAUGUACGCAACAGUCUAUCCUCUCGGCAGCAAGCACCCAGUGAUUUUGAUGAGCCAACCAUGGAUAUCAGCAUGUAUUUUGGCAAAAAGCGACCUGGCAAACCAAAGAAGGUGACAUUAUUCCGCUUUGAUGCCUCCCUCCAUGCUUUGAGCACAAAUAGUUACAUUGAGGAUACUCGUCAGUUUGAUGCUUCAGAUGUGGGUCAGCAAAGUCUUUUGACUCUAAUUAGCAAGCAGCAGAAAAUCUGCAAACCCUCAGCUUUCAAUAUUACAGCCAUAUACAAACCACUAAAAGCAUUUAUUCACGACAUUGAAGAUGCCAUGGAGUCAACAGCUGGCCUACAAGAAUUCAUCACAGACUUUGUUCAGAACGCCUUUCUGGGACAAGUUCACCAGCGUGUUUCACAGAGUAUUGACGUGGCAACAAGAGUGGUGCCAACAUCGGUGGAUGAGGAGGAGGGGCACAAGUGUUUUGAUGCCUUGAGGAAUGUGAUUGAUGAAAAAGUUCGGCGAGAAAUGGGUGUGCCAAGACCACUACUGCAGAGCACGGUGACUGUGGACGAAAGCAUUGGAGAGCUGCAGGAGCUAAUGCUGGCUUUGCCAGACUAUGCUGAUCAGUUUCUGACCAUGGUCUGCAAUGUUCUGCGUGAAUAUAGAGACAAAUGCCACUCCGCCUACCGCGACAUUGUCCAGCAUGGCUCUGAUGACCGCCGUGUCAUUUCUGCUAUGUGGGCCAAAGAUGAAGACAUUAGCAGGUUUUUGAGGUCUUUGCCCAGUUGGCAUACACUUCAGCCAAGUGCUGAUGGAAAGGAACUAGAUGGAACUGUGUGUUCAGAGCAGGAAAUGCGAGCACUUAACUCCAAGGAAGCUAUCAUUUUGAUCACCAAUCUUUCCACUGAUGAGACCCUCAUCCCACAGCAAGAGAUCAUCACAGAUGUGACACAGAUGCGGACUGUUGCCAAUGUGCACGAGAGUCUAGAGUGGUUUGCCAGUCGUUUGCAGCAGAUGGCAGAUAGUCUAGCAGAGCAAAGCAGGCCAGCACUAGCACCUGACCUUCCUGCCUCAGAACUCCCAUUGCAGGUCAUCGGGGAUGCUGUGUCAGUAUCACCUAAAACACUUGAAUCACUUAGAAGCCUUGUGAAGGAUUUCCGUGAUCUGGCAGAAGUGUGCCUUUUACUGUUGCACUUGGAGGUUCGAGUACAUUGCUUCUACUACCUGCUGCCUGUUGCCAAACAGUCAAACUACGCUGGACCCAUUGAUGACCUAGACCCAGAUUCCAAUGUUCUGAAGCUAAACAAGGACCUAAGCAGCAUGGAGGAGGUGCUGUCACAGAGUCUGCAGCCCAAAAAGUUCAAGUACAUCUUUGAAACACUGGGUUACCUCGUGGCAUCAAUCAUUAUCAGCAGUGUUCAGUUCUUAAAGAAAAUUAAUGAGAAUGGGAUUAAGAAGAUGUGCAGAAACAUUCUGGCAAUUCAGCAAAACUUGACCAACAUUACAAUGACACGGGAAGCAGAUUUAGAUCGUGCCAGGCAAUUCUAUGAGCUUCUAUAUCUUAGUCCUGAUGAUGUUCUUACAAGCAUUGCGGAAAAGGGUCCACAGUUUACUGGCUCGGAAUAUGACCACCUGAUCAGUCUCUAUCAUCGUAGUCAUCCUGGCCACCCCAUCCCGGUGCAGGAGGCUCGCAUGAAGCGACUGAGAGAGAUCAUGGAGAAGGGGCAAAGUGAGACAGUUUGAUGAGCUGUGAGAAAAGCAGAUCGCUGACAUAAGGGCAGAAUAAAAUAUCUUUUUGAAAUGAUAAGAUGGCAGUUUUAGUAGUAGAUGGUAUGAUGGGACCAUUCCUAGUGCUAUGGAUAUUUAAGUGCUAAUUGAAGAAAUAGCAGUUUUCCUAGAAUUUUGUCCUGUUUCCAAAAAAAGGAGAGUAUUUGCAAGCAAGACUUCUGUUAAUGAAUGCUCCUACAAGAUUGCAUUUCAAUAUGGAUGUAAAACAAUGCUAGAUGCUAGGCUGGAUGGACAAAUUUCAAACUUCAAUACUGAUAGAACAGUUUAAAAAAAAUAAAAUAAAGUUGAUUAUUGUUGGAUGGCUGAUGCUUAGUCCACUCAUCUUUAAAGCAGGUCACUGGUUUGAGAGUGUCUAAGUAACAUGACUGAAUAAAAUGAAUACUUGAGUUCUAGGUGAACUAAAAACAGCAAGGAGAGAAGGUUGUUCUUUACCCUUACGGUCUGUAUUCUAGAUGUGGAACCAUUUACAGUUAAUUCCUCCUACUGUGACUAUGCAGUAGGACAUUUUCCAUGUUUUGAACCUUUGGGACAGUUUUAAGUUCUGUGUUUUUAAUUAAAAAAAACAUUGACUUACAUUCUUGAAACAAGGGUUUACAAAACUUUUGUAAAUUCUUGUUAGGAUAGAUUGUAAAUUGCUUCCCUGCCCUGUGUUUUAGGAGCUUUUUAAUUUUAAGUUGUACAGAUGUACAGAUAAUAUAGUACAGAACCCUUCUGAUUGACCUGACAUUAUUGUUUUUGCUUACAAUAUUAUUAUAAUAUUACAAUAUUGUAUGAUAGAAUACCAUCAUUGCACCGCAGAGGGAAGUUUUGGAGAAGGAAAAUGACUUUAAAGAAGGGAUUCUUGUCUUGGAAGCAAUGCUACAUCACUGAACUUAAGCAAGAUAUCAGUGAAAUGGAUGAACAUGUUGUCAUAGUAUGUUAGUGAGGCGUUAUUUUUUCAUGAAACACAGUACAUUUCACAUUGAAUUAAUUUUAAUGCACAUGUAGGAAACUGCAGAGAAGGGAGGUAGAUGUGAGAGUAUCAGAAUGCAAGUAGUGCAUUGAAAGAGAGCUGAAGAUUAAUGCCAGGAAGUCACUUCUGUCUGUGAAGGUUUUGUGCAAGGAUUUGAAAAGUUGGACCUUGUCAUGCUUUAAUAGAUAAUAUUGUGUAUGAGAUCAGUUCUUGAAUUGCAUCUCCAGAUUCUUAUUCUUUUGCCUUGAGACAAGACUGUAAUUUAAACACAGAGCUAACAGCUAUUAGCAUUGACACCAUUGUCACUUUCAGUAGCCAGUAACAAACGUAUGUGUGUCAUGGGGGUAGAGAGGGAGAGAGAAUGAGUACUUGUGUGUGAGAGGAAGAGUGUGUGAGCAUGCACUCAGAAGCAAAGCUAAACCUUUGUGAAUGAGUGAUAGGUAUUGUUACAUGCUUGUAUUUGUUGUUCAUUGUGAUAAACAGCUGAAGGAUAUUUUCCUUCAUUAGUCAUUCCUGUACAAAUGGUUAUAUAAUAUAUGAUCGUGCAUGUAUAUUCAUGUUUGCAAACCUUGAAUGUGCAAUUCAACUUUGUAACUAAUUUAAAA